AUGUCGUCAAGUCCCUUACCAAAAUCGAAAUACUCGCGUUGGGGACAUCCACUUGUAUUUAUUGCGUCACUCAUUGGCAUUGCUGGUUCUAGUGCUGUCUAUUAUGCUCAAAUUCGUGCUCGACAAAAAGCUCGAAAUCUUUUUCUCGAGCAAACAUUUUAUACAGAAGCACUUGAAUUGACUCGCGGUUACAAGCCGAUAACCGAAAAACUUAUCGAGCCUAUCGAGCCGCUUCAAAUUGAUCCAACAAGUAAAUUCAAUACUUUAGCUCAUCUUGGAGCACAAGUAAGUUUAUCGGUGAAUUUUUUUGUUUUAUUUUUCUUAUUUUAUUAUCAAAUAAAAAUAUCUACAGAAAAAAAUAAGACUCAAUAA